AAGUCACCUCCGAUUCCCCUCCCUUGUUACAAGUAUAUAAUAGUUUUGUUCACCUCAAAUUUUUUUCCUUCUUUUUUUCUCUAUUUCUGCAUUUUCUCCGUACAAACACCUCUCUCUCGUAGCUAUUAAAUCUCUCUCCUUCAUCUAGUUCACAAUUUUCUAGGGUUAGGGUUUCCAAUACCUUGUUCAUCGUCGAUCUAUAAUUUUCGUUUUUUUUUUUUAAUUCUCUUUUGUUUUUUUUUUCCUUAAUUUAAAGAGGGGGUGGGAGACUAUGGGGGGUGAUGGAGCUGCGGAGGAGGGAACCGAAUCCAGCGGUCGAGAGGGAGUCACCGUCAACGUGCGGUGCUCCAACGGCUCGAAGUUUUCCGUCCAGAUUGGGCUGGACUCCACCGUCGGAUCGUUCAAGGACGCUUUGGCCCAGAAGUGCGAUAUACCGUCAGAUCAACAGAGGCUGAUUUACAAGGGUCGGAUCCUCAAGGACGAUCAGACCCUUCAAAGCUACGGCUUGGAGGCAGAUCAUACUGUCCACUUAGUUCGUGGUUUUGCACCAGCUGCUGCACCAGCCAAUGCUGCUGGUGGAACCAAUCCGGGAGGUCCAACUACCACUCAAAGUAAUACUAGAAGUGUUGGUUCAAAUGAAGGUGAGGCAAUGGGAGGAGCUGGUUUUGGAGCUUCACUACUUCCUGGACUCGGUAUUAAUGGGAUGGAUGGUGGUGCUGGUGGUUUGUUUGGAGCUGGGUUUCCAGAUUUUGAACAGGUGCAACAACAGCUGACUCGGAACCCAAACAUAAUGAGAGAAAUAAUGAAUAUGCCUGUUGUUCAAAACCUAAUGAAUAACCCCGAUAUAAUGCGGAACUUGAUUAUGAGUAAUCCUCAAAUGCGUGAAAUCAUUGAUCAAAACCCUGAGCUAGCACAUGUACUUAAUGAUCCCAGCACUCUCCGUCAGACACUUGAAGCUGCAAGAAACCCAGAGCUCAUGCGUGAGAUGAUGCGCAACACUGACAGAGCAAUGAGCAAUAUUGAAUCUUCUCCUGAGGGAUUCAAUAUGCUGAGGCGCAUGUAUGAAAAUGUUCAAGAGCCAUUCCUGAAUGCAACGACAAUGGCUGGGAAUACCGGAAACGAUAAUGCGAACCCAUUUGCAGCUCUUUUGGGGACCCAAGGUGGGGACCAGGCCAUAAAUCCAUCAAGUACAUCACCAACCGCUGGUUCUGAGACGGCUGCUGGUUCUCCUGCUCCCAAUACUAACCCACUUCCAAAUCCUUGGACAGCUACUGCCACAGCUGGAGCUGUCCAAACAAACACCACGAGGUCAACUCCUAUUGGGGAUGCUAGGGCACAGGCACCUGCUGGCUUAGGUGGGCUUGGUCUUCCGGGGCUUGAAGGCAUGCUUGGUACAAUGCCGGAUGCUUCUUCAGUCAAUCAGUUGAUGCAAAAUCCAGCUAUUUCGCAGAUGAUGCAAAGCAUCCUUUCCAACCCUCAAUAUAUGAAUCAGAUUAUUGCUCUCAAUCCCCAGAUGCGCAGUUUCCUUGAUUCCAAUUCUCAACUUAGGGAAAUGAUGCAGAACCCAGAAGUUCUUCGCCAGUUGACUUCUCCUGAUACAAUGCAGCAACUGUUGACUUUUCAACAAGCUCUUCUGUCUCGGCUUGGUCAGCAGCAGUCAACACAGGAACAGGGUCAGACUGGAGGAGGUACAGCAGGACCAUUGAACAACACUGGGUUGGAGAUGUUGAUGAACAUGUUUGGUGGACUCGGGGCUGGCAGCCUGGCUGUUCCUAAUAGAUCUAAUGUGCCGCCAGAAGAACUCUAUGCUACUCAGCUGUCGCAGCUUCAAGAAAUGGGUUUCUUUGACACACAAGAGAAUAUACGGGCCUUGAUUGCCACUGCAGGUAAUGUUCAUGCUGCGGUGGAGCGACUUUUGGGGAACUUGGGCCAGUAGUUUCGUAUAGUUAUUAUCCCUUUUUAUCUGAUUAGCGUCUGCCAUUUUGAGUUCUGAGAUUGGUCGCAUAGGGCCUCAGUUGUAUUCAAGCACUCAUCUUGGGUACAAAUAAGUCUGAAUUAUAUCCAAAUUAUGUCAGCAAGAGCUAUAAAAUUGGUGUAGGUUAUCAAAAUUGGACUUCCCUCUCUCUCAAGGGGUCUGGCAGGCCCGAGUUUCUUGUACAUUCUUAAUGUUAAGAUGCGACUUGUGAUGAUAUGAAUUGUUUGCCACAUUUAUCGACUACAUUGGAAUUUAUGACAUUUUUGUUAUAAUUGUUAUCA